GGCGCCUCCUUCACUUGGGUCAGCUGUUAUUGUGAAUGAAAAUUUUUGUUUUGAUAUCAACAGAGUUUUACUUAUUGUUAGUUUAAAUUGGAUUUAAAAUGUCUGAAUCUCGUGUAAAUAUCGAUCUUGAAUCAUUCAUCGAGUCACAAUUGAGGUUAAUUCAAAUCGAGUAUGAAGCUGAAAUUGAAAAAACUAAAGAAUAUCAGAAAAAUCUUAAAUUGGUUGAUUUAGUUCGUCAAGGAGUAUGCAUUCACAAAUUGAAAUGUGUAUCAAUCCGUACUGGUUUGUUUCGCCGUCUAAUGGUUUCCCUUGGUCAUAAUCAAUCUGAUCACCCAUUGCCAGCUCAUAAAAUAACUGUUGGAGAUAUUGUUUCGUUACAUGAAGGGCCUGACUCAGAAUCACUGGCUUCUGGUGUAGUUUACUCGCUCAAUUCAAAUAAAAUAACAGUGGCAUUUGAAAAAGAUAGCAACCUAAGCUUGGAUCAAGAAUUCUCCAACUUUUGUUUGAUCAAAUUAUCAAAUGAUGUGACCUAUCGAAGAUUGAAAAAAGCUCUUAUCAAUCUAAGAAAUUAUCCAAUAGGAGGUCGUGCUCAAAGAUUGAUAGAUCUUUUGUUUGGAAAACGAACACCUAGUCGUCCAAUUGAUAUCGAUCCAAUUGAAUUUUUCAACAAGCAGUUAGAUGAUUCUCAAAAAGAAGCUAUUACAUUUGCGCUACGAUCUAAAGACCUGUGUAUCAUUCACGGUCCUCCUGGAACUGGUAAAACGACAAGUUUAGUUGAAGUAAUUCUGCAGCUUGCCAAGCAAGGACUCAAAAUUUUGGUUUGUGCCCCUUCUAAUGUAGCUGUUGAUAAUCUUGUCGAAAGAUUGUCUGCUUUCAAAGUGCGAAAUAUGAUUCGAUUGGGCCAUCCUGCUAGAGCCUCAAAGGAUCUUCAGAAAUUCACUUUGGAUGCAGCAAUAGCUCGUUCUGAUGAGAACUCAAUCGUAGAGGAUAUUAGACAAGAGAUAGAUGGUAUACGAAGCUCGAGAGAUCGCAAUAAAAGAGCUCAAAUUCAUGAUCUAAUGAAAGAUUUGAAGCAACGGGAAAGAAAUAUUGUCAAACGAGUUUUAAUUAGCAGUGAUAUCGUAUUGUCUACUUUGACUAGUGCCUCCAGCGAUGGUCCUUUAAAACAUAUAGUUAAAGAUUCUUGUCAACAGUUUGAUGUUUUAAUUAUUGAUGAAUGCUCACAAGCAUUGGAAACGGCCUGUUGGAUCCCCUUAACUUUUGUUGAUAAAUGUAUCCUUGCUGGUGAUCAUUUUCAAUUACCGCCUACAAUUAUAUCAGAAACAGCAGCAAAGGAAGGUCUCGAAUUAACAUUGAUGGAGAGAUUACUAUCAAGUUUUGACCAUGAAUUAGUUGUUCGUAUGUUGACUGUACAAUAUCGAAUGCAUCAAGAUAUCAUGGAAUGGUCUUCGAAUAGGUUCUAUUCAAAUAAAUUGGUUGCUCAUGACUCCGUCCAAAACCAAUCAAUGUCUGAAAUAAGUAACCUUCAAGACUGUCCACCCUUACUUUUAAUUGACACUGCAGGCUGUGAUAUGUCCGAGCUUGAUGUUGAAGACGAGGAAUCGAAAGGAAAUGAAUCUGAAGCUGAUAUUGCCGCUUAUUAUGUCUUGCAUUUAACUGAAGCUGGAGUCAAACCCGAAAAUAUCGGAAUCAUUACCCCAUACAACUUACAGGUUGAAUUAAUUCGAUUGCGUUUAAAUGAAAAAUAUCCAACCAUUGAAAUAAGAUCCGUAGAUGGUUUUCAAGGAAGAGAGAAAGAAGUUAUCAUUUUAUCUCUUGUAAGAUCCAAUGAUAGCAAACAGACAGGGUUUCUCUCUGAAUACCGGCGAAUCAAUGUUGCCGUAACUCGAGCCAAAAAACAUUUAGUUGUUAUUUGUGAUUCUGAUACCGUCUCAUCUGAACCUCAUAUUUCAUCUCUUAUUACUUAUUUGAAUUAUAGAGGCGAAGUUAAAUCAGCUCAUGAAUAUGUAUCUUCUGUGGAAAUAUUCAAAGAUAUUGAAAGACCUCAACACUUGCGCUUCAAAGAGCUAAAGAAAGAUCAAAAAACGACAAAGAAAACAAGCGAAAGAAAAGCAAAUAAUAAUAAGAAGAAUACAUCUUUCCCAGAUAACCAGAAACCAAAAUCAAAGCCGAUUGUUUCUCAAGACUCAAGAUCACAAGAUAAUGAUGACAUAGUUAGGAAGAUAAGACAAAAAUUGGUUAAAUUUCAAUCAUCAUCAGAGGUCAAGUUGGCUUUUCCACCUACUUUGAACUCAUUUGAAAGACGAAUAGUCCACGAGAUUGCUGAAGAGCUUCAGUUAAAACAUGAAAGUACAGGAGAAGGAGAUAAAAGACACAUUCUAGUAAAGAAACUAAUUCCCAAAAACAGUCCCACAAAGUCAUUAAUAGCUGAACGUUCGGAUCAAGACAAUCCUCAACAAUCAGAUGAAACGUGCCUUUCAACAGAAGUUGAUACAGAAGUUGAUCAAAGUUCAAACAAUCUAGAUGAACAGCAGUCGAAAAAGAUUUCAAAUAAACCAGCCAAUCCAAAAAAAUCGACUGAACAGAAAAUUGUCAAAGAACAACCUGUCGCUAAGCAUGUGACUAAUGUACAGAAAAAAGCUCCGCCUGUUGUUUUAACGAAAAAUUUUGAUCUCAACAAUAAAUUGGAUAAAUUGGAAGACUUCGAUGAAAUGCUAGAUUUGGUCAAAAAAAUGGACAGUGUUUGUUUCUUCGUGAGAUGUAAAGUUAAAACUGCCACAUUGGGUCAACAAUGUCAAUUUUGCAACAAACGAUUUUGUAUAAGCCAUUCAAUGCCAGAGAUUCAUGGUUGUGGAGACGCUGUAAGAGCAUAUGCUCGAAGUACUGUCCGUAAAGAAGGAAAAUUAUAUCCAGGUUUAGGUAUUCCCGAUAAAAAACCUGAUCCUGUGAAAAGACGCCAAUUAGAGAGAAAAUUCAAUAAGAAACUUGAAGAAAUGACUUCUAAAAGAAAGACUCAACCAAAAAAGGACUGUGAAUCUCAGAAAAAUCUUAAAUUGGUUAAAGUAGAGCGUCAAGGAGAUAGCAUUCACAAUUUGAGAUGUGUAUCAAUCUGCCCUGGUUUGUUUCGUUAUCUUAUGGUUUCCCUUGGUCAUAAUCUAUCUGAUCACCCAUUACCAUCUCAUAAAAUAACUGUUGGCGAUAAUGUUUCCUUACGUGAAAGGCCUGACUCAGAAUCACUGGCUUCUGGUGUAGUUUACUCGCUCAAUUCAAAUCAAAUAACAGUGGCAUUUGAAAGAGAUAGAAACCUCAGUUUGGAUCAAGAAUUCGCCAACUUUUGUUUGAUCAAAUCAUCAAAUGAUGUUACCUAUAAAAGAUUGAAAAAAGCUCUUAUCAAUCUAAGAAAUUAUUCAAUGAGAGGUCGUGCUCGACGAUUGAUAGAUCUUUUGUUUGGAAAACGAUCACCUGGUCGUCCAGUUGAUAUCGGCUCAAUUGAAUUUGUCAACAAGCAAUUAGAUUAUUCUCAAAAAGAAGCUAUUACUUUUGCGCUACGAUCUAAAGAACUGUGCAUCAUUCACGGUCCUCCUGGAACUGGUAAAACAACAAGUAUAGUUGAAGUAAUUCUGCAGCUUGCCAAGCAAGGACUCAAAAUUUUGGUUUGUGCCCCUUCUAAUGUAGCUAUUGAUAAUCUUGUCGAAAGAUUAUCUGCCUAUAAAGUGCAAAAUAUGAUUCGAUUGGGUCAUCCUGCUAGAGCUUCAAAGGAUCUUCAUAAAUUCACUUUGGCUGCAGCUAUAGCUCGUUCUGAUGAGAACUCAAUCAUAGAAGGUAUAAGACAAAAGAUAGAUGGUAUACGAGGCCCAAGAGAUCGUAAUAAAAGAGCUCAAAUUAAGCAUCUAAGGAAAGAUGUGAAACGACUGGAAAGUAAGAUUAUUAAAAAAGUUUUAAUUAGCAGUGAUAUCGUAUUGUCCACUUUGAUCAGUGCCUCUAGUGAUGGUCCUUUAAAACAUAUAGUUUACGAUUCGCGUCAUCAGCUUGAUGUUUUAAUUAUUGAUGAAUGCUCACAAGCAUUGGAAACGGCCUGUUGGAUCCCCUUAACUUUUGUUGAUAAAUGUAUCCUUGCUGGUGACCAUUUUCAAUUACCGCCUACAAUUGUAUCAGCAACUGCAGCAAAGGAAGGUCUCGAAUUAACAUUGAUGGAAAGAUUACUAUCAAAUUUUGACCAUGAAUUAGUUGUUCGCAUGUUAACUGUGCAAUAUCGAAUGCAUCAAGAUAUUAUGGAAUGGUCUUCGAAAAGGUUCUAUAAAAAUAAAUUGGUUGCUCAUGAAUCCGUCCAAAACCAAUCAAUGUCUAAAAUAAGUAACCUUCAAGACUGUCCACCUUUACUUUUAAUUGACACUGCUGGCUGUGAUAUGUCCGAGCUUGAUGUAGAAUAUGAUGAAUCGAAAGGAAAUGAAUCUGAAGCUGAUAUUGCUGCUUAUUAUGUCUUGCAUUUAAUUAAAGCUGGAGUCAAACCAGAAAAUAUCGGAAUCAUUACCCCAUACGCCUUACAGGUUGAAUUAAUUCGAUUGCGAUUAAAUGGAAAAUAUCCAACCAUUGAAAUAAGAUCCGUGGAUGGUUUUCAAGGAAGUGAGAAAGAAGUUAUCAUUUUAUCUCUAGUAAGAUCCAAUGUUAAGAAAAAGACAGGGUUUCUGUCUGAGUAUCGACGAAUGAAUGUGGCCGUAACUCGAGCCAAAAAACAUUUAGUUGUUAUUUGUGAUUCUGAUACCGUCUCAGCUGAACCGCAUAUUUCAUCUCUUAUUACAUAUUUAAAUGAUAGAGGCAAAGUUAAAUCAGCUCGUGAAUAUUUAUCUUCUAUAAAAAUAUUCAAAGAUAUUAAAAGACCUCCACACUUGCGCUUAAAAAAGCUUAAGAGAGAUAAAAAAACGACAAAGAAAACUAGCGAAAGAAAAGCAAAUAAUAAUAAGAAGAAUAUAUCUUCCCCAGAUAACCAGAAACCAGAAAAAAAGCCGAUUGUUUCUCAAGACUCAAGAUCAAAAGCUGAUGAGGCCAUAAUCAGGAAGAUAAGACAAAAAUUGGUUGAAUUUCAAUCAUCAUCAGAGGUUAAGUUGACCUUUCCACCUACUCUGAGCUCAUUUAAAAGACGAAUAGUCCACGAGAUUGCUGAAGAGCUUCAAUUAAAGCAUUUUACAGUAACAAGAGAAGGAGAUAAAAGAACCAUUCUAGUAAUGAAACUAGUUCCCAAAAACAGUCCCACAAUGUCAUUAAUAGCUGAACGUUCGGAUCAAGAGAAUCCUCAACAAAUAGAUGAAAUGUGCCUUUCAACAGAAGUUGAUACAAAAGUUGAUCAAAGUUCAAACAAUCUAGAUGAACAGCAGUCGAAAAAGAUUUCAAAUGAACCAGCCAAUCCAAACAAAUCGACUGAACAGAAAACUGUCGAAGAACAACCUGUCGCUAAGCAUGUGACUAAUGUACAGGAAAAACCUCCGCCUGUUGAUUCAACGAAAAAUUUUGAUCUCAACAGUAAAUUGGAUAAAUUGAAAGAAGACUUCGACAAAAUGUUAGAUUUGGUCAAAAAAAUGGACAGUGUUUGUCUUGAGAGUUAAAGUCAAAACUGCCACAUUGGGUCAACAAUGUCAAUUUUGCAACAAACGAUUUUGUAUAAGACAUUCCAGAGAUUCAUGGUUGUGGAGACGCUGUAAGAGCAUAUGCUCGAAGUAUUGUCCGUAAAGAAGAAAAAUUGUAUCCAGCUUUAGCCAUUCUCGAAAAAAAAUCUGGUCCUGUCAAAAGACGCUAUGAUCUCAGCUCAUGAUUGUUUUAAACUUUAUUUCUUUAUUAUUGUUCACAUACAUUUUAUAUUCAUUUUACGAUAAAAUAACAAUACAUUUAUCAAUUUGCUAAUAA